AUGCUGUCUAUAUACAUCGGAGUGUAUAAGGCCGUAUACGACUAUGACGCGCAAGCAGAAGAAGAGUUGUCCAUACGUACUGACGACUUGUUGUAUUUGUUAGAAAGAUCAGACAUCGACGACUGGUGGAAAGUCAAGAAAAGAGUGAUUGCAACUGGUGAUGAAGUAGUUGAUGAACCAUCAGGAUUGGUACCAUCAACAUAUAUCGAAGAAGCACCUAUUAUCAAACAGGCUACUGCAUUGUAUGACUAUGAUAAACAAACAGAGGAGGAAUUAUCAUUUAAUGAAAAUGAUGUGUUUAAUGUGUAUGACAUUAGUGAUCCGGAUUGGAUUUUGGUGAGCAAUUCGAGCAAGCAAGAGUUUGGCUUCGUCCCUUCCAAUUACAUUCAACUUGAUACGCCUGCACUGGCCCUACCACAACCACAACCACAACCACAACCACAAUCACAAUCACAACCAAGCGCCGUCCAGUAUCAACCACCGCAACCGCAACCACAAGCUCCAACCACUGCAGUGAGUCAGCCACAAAAUCCUAUUCCAAAUUUUGCCGCACCACCUUCACACCCGCAAAGGUCGAUUACUCCAGAACAUCCACCACCAACUCCAGAAAAGGAUCUCCCUCGGCCAUUUCCGUCUCAUAAUAGUUCAUAUAAUAGAGUACAAGAACAUCAUAUCGAAGAAGAAGAUGAAGCUCCACCUCCAAUGCCAUCGAGACCAACAGGAUCAGCUUCAGAACCCGUGGCAGGAUCCAGCUCACAGCACGAGGAGGAACAUCAGGUACACGCCCCAACAGAUAAGGAACACAAAUUUGACGGAGAAUUCUUCACUUGGUAUAUUGACGAGCUCGAUGGACGGAAGAAGAGACCAAUCAAAGUAUCAGUUGGACAAGGCUUGAUCAUCAUCAAACCAAAUGUUUUCAAUCCAAAGAAGUUGAGAUUAAGAUCAGCAUCUCAUAUCAACAACCAAUGGCAAAUUAAAGAUUUAAUCAGUGUCAACAGUGAAAAGAAGCAUGUGUUUUUGGAGCUUCGAAACCCACCUGCCGAAUUGGAAUUGCACGCUGGAACGAAGGAUGUUGCCGAUGCCAUCACCUCAAUUUUAGGGGAAUUGAAAGGUGCUGAAAAAGCCGCUGGAUUGAGGGAAGUUCAAAGAGCUUCUCAACCCAGUACUGGCUCUUCGAACAAGAAAAUUGGUCGUUUGAUUUACGAUUUCAAGGCACAAGGAGACGACGAAUUGAAUUGUAGAGAGGGAGACGAAGUAUACAUUGUCAAUCAAUCGAAAUCGAGUGACUGGUGGAUGGUGCAAAAUACCUCCACUGGAAGACAAGGUGUUGUUCCGUCAUCGUAUGUUGAGGUGAUUAGUACCUCCAAAUUGGAUGAAUUGACAGAUGGACCAGCAAGAAGGAAAUCCAUGUCGAGCUCCAAAGGGAAAGUUGUCAAUGGUAAAGAUACUCGUCAUCAUCACCAUAGAAAUAGAGACGAGCGCGAGAGGAUCAGAGAGAGGGACCGAGCUCAUAGGGAGAAACAGAGUGCUGGUCAUGAUGAUCAUGACAAGUCUAUGCCAAAUUUCCACCGUGUUAGAACUUGGAUUGAUAGUUCAGGUACAUUCAAAGUUGAAGCUGAGUUUUUGGGCUUUGUUGACGGGAAAGUGCACUUGCACAAGACAAACGGUGUCAAGAUUGCUGUUGCUGCAGAAAAGUUAUCAAUUGAGGAUUUGGAGUACGUGGAAAAGAUCACAGAAACAUCUUUGGACAAGUAUAAACAAAUAGUGUUUAAACAAAUGGAAAAGAGGGCCAGAUCAAAGAGUAAAUCAGGGGCAGUUUCAACUCAACCGGAACCGAAACGUUCGCAAUCGGCUACUGCUGCAAUUAAUGAUACAGCACCUCCACAACCAUCGAGACCUAGACCUAGUGGCCAUGCAUCAAAUGGAGCUCCAGCGUAUGACUGGUUUGACUUCUUUUUGGAAUGUGGUGUUGAUGUUGGAAAUUGCCAACGUUAUACACUCAACUUUGAACGCGAGCAAAUGGAUGAAAACAUUUUAGAAGACAUCUCUCCUUCAUUGUUGAGGACUUUGGGUUUAAGGGAGGGUGAUAUCAUUAGGGUGAUGAAACAUUUAGAUAACAAGUACAAUAGAAAGAGAUCUACUGAGCCAGAGCAGCAGUCUACAGGGAGCUUAUUCAUCGACAGUAAUGGUGCCCUCAAAAACAACUCAUCCACAGAAUUGUCAAAGGUUACUAGGGAUGCUUUACCAUCACCUGUUAAGAACCAUCAAAUGUCCAAUCUCGCUGUGCCAUCCACGCAAGCGGAGCAAAACAACAAGAUUGAUGAUGAUGCUUGGGCAAUGAAGCCGGCAGCCAGAUCCAACGAGAAUUUGCUCAAACCUUCUCCUCAACCACAAACGCCACAAUACACUGGUACUUUAUCGGAUUUGGUGAAUAUCAAACCAGUAGAGAACAUAGCAGAACCUCAGCAACUACAACAAACCCCAUCGGCACCAGCACUUCAACCAACAAAGACUUCGUCUGUGCCGCCGCUCCAACCUGCAAAGACUGCAUCCACGGCAACAACAACACCAGGACCAGCGCAGGCACAAAACAACGGUGGUGGGGUUUUGGUGCCUACACAGCGCACUGGUGGUCUCAUUCCAGUUCAACGUACUGGCGCGGGACUAACCGCGGUACCAACGGGUGGAUUGUUACCUGCACAACCAACGGGAUUCAUCCCCAUCACUGCUCAACCUACAGGUUUCAUUCCUAUCCAAGCAACUGGUAUUCUUCAACCACAAUUGACUCUUGGACUUAUUGCCAUACCAACGGGGCAGAAAACUGGCGGUGCUGGUCCUCCACCAACAACUUUUGGCCAAUCACAGUCAUUCCAACCCAGUUUUGUUCCUUUACAAACUGGUACCGCAACUGUACCACAAACAUCAUUUGGUACCCAAAACACUGGAGGCUUACCAAGUACAACAUUCGGUACUCAAAAUACCGGUGGGUUACCCUCCACUAGCUUUAACCAGAAUCCAAUGGUUCCAGCACAAAGAACUGGCGGUCCAAUUCCCGGCGGAUUUGUUCCACAGUCUAAUUUUGGUAAACAAAUCACAGGAGGAUUUAUGAAUACUAACACUGUGCCAUUUGGCCAACAGCUGCAACCAACGGGCGGCAUGAUACCGCAAACGUCCUUUGGUCAACAGCAGCAACGAACCGGUGGAAUGAUGCCACAAACAUCUUUUGGUCAGCAAGCAACUGGUGGAAUGAUGCCACAAACAUCUUUUGGUCAGCAAGCAACUGGUGGAAUGAUGCCACAAACGUCUUUCGGUAACCCAAUGCCACAACCAACUUUCGGCCAAUCUACUGGUGGAAACUUUCCAAACUCAUUUGGCCAAAUUCCACAAAGUACAUUCCAACAACAACAACAGCCAUUCAAUCAAUUCACACAACAAUCAACUCUGUUUAAUCAGUUCCCACAACAACAGCAACAGCAACAGCAACAACAACAACAACCAAACAUGAAUCAAAUGACUAAUAUGUUUCAAAACACGUCAAUUUCCCAACCUUUCAAUCAACAAGGUGGUGGUUUUGGCAACUCCCAGUUUGAGGGUUUUAAUUCGCAGCCAUUACAAACUCAGCCAACCGGUAUGGGAUUUGGUAACGCGCCGUUGCAAACUCAAGCCACCGGCAAGAGAGCCAAUCUUGCGGCAGCUACACCAGACAAUCCAUUUGGAUUUUGA